AUGUCAAGAGUGUUCAGUCGACGGAGGUUACAUCUAUGGUUGGCAGUGCUUACUGUGAUAGCUAUCGUCAACCUAUAUGUGUUUGCCCAAUAUACUCAUCAUGAUGCCCAGGUGGUAUCAAUUCAUCAUGACACCUUCAGCGAGUUCCGAGCCAGCGACAACGAGGUUCACAAAACCCAACCAGAUAAGAGUGACCCCAAGCAUGUGUUGAGUGAGCUGACUCACCAAACCAACCGAAUGUUAGCAUUCGUCAAUAACACUGAGAUCCUCUCAUCAUUUACAGUAUUCAACAAACUGGAUACUAGAGCCUCAUUUGACCAACAUGCCAGAGUGUACAAUGAUAUAUUCAGCCGCAACGGACCCGGCCUGAUUAUCGGUAAUCUCGAUUUCUCACAGCGAUGUGAUUUAUACUUCUCCAACUUGUUUGCCUCAGACAAAACGUGGUCCAUCAAUCUUAAGCAUAAAUUUUACACUGACUUCCGGAAAGAACAGAAAUUUGCUGAUUUCUUCAAGAACAAAGACGUGAUGAAGAAGUUUCUCAAAGAAGUGAAGAAUUUGCCGAAGCCAGACGCUGACGAGUUUAAACCUCUCAAAGAGGACAAGCAAUACCUUGAGUUUGCUAAGUCGGAGUUCGAGUUGAUGAAGGCCAAGACAAACAUUACCAAAGCAGAGAUAGGGGACAUUUUGAGUGCAGUGAGAGUUUUCAAUAAGUGCUACGUAACGCUGGAUAAUGAAUUGGAUGUCGCCGCCACUUCAAACAUGGUAAGCCGACAAAGAAAACUUUUAGGGAAAACCGAGAAGCCUUCGUUGUCAUCCUCGGACUCCAUGUUUGCCAAGAUCGAAUCAUGCAAGUUGAUCGAAAAUCGCGUAUAUCCUUGGAUGCUGAGAGAAUUUCCCAUCUUUGAAAGAUGGGAUGGAAAAAUACAAUUCGAGCCACCAAACUAUGCCAAAAUUGACCUGGUCCCAAAGUAUACCCCUACCAACAGUACGGCUCAAAAACUGCGGAAAGCAAAGCUGUCGAAGAAUUGGCAUUCACUGAUCCAGCGUCUGCUGUGUUUUUUGAAUGAGUUCAAGCACAAAAUGAAUGGCCAAGGUAUUGUCUUGAGUAUCGGAGAUCUCCACAUCGAGGAGACCAUCAGUUUAGUGAGGUUAUUGCGUGCGUUGGAAAAUCGCCUUCCGAUUCAGAUCGUAUACUUCGAUAAUUUGUCCGAAACUUCCAAGCAAAGGCUUGUCAAGGCUGCGAGAGAUGUAAUGUUGGAUUUACCACCCACGUUUGAAUCGGUGAGAGAUCGUUUCAGCAAGGAGUAUCUUGGCAAUAUUGACGAGAAAGGACGCCCUGUAGGAUUACCUGCACAAGAAAUUUGGUUUGUUAGCGUGAACAAGGCGAUUGACGAAAACUACCGCGAAAGGUUCAAGAAGUUUGGUAAUAAAUUUUUGGCCACCACGUUCAACUCAUUUGAGGAAUUCUUGUUGCUCGAUGCAGACACCGUUUUGGUAAAACCCCCUCUGUGGUUUUUCGAUCAACCCAAGUACAAAAAGACGGGGGCGUUCUUCUACAAGGACAGAACUGCUUCAUUUUAUCGCCCAAUUGAGGAUGGAGAAUUCAUGAAAGCCAUGAGCCCCGGGAAAGUAGAAGCUCUGAUGUUUGGGUUAAUGCCCAUAUCGAACUACACAACGCAGCGUGCAUACUUUGAUGGUAUGGAGCACUACAUGGAGCUGGGCGUUGUAACGAUCGACCGUAACCUCCAUUACUCACUGGUUCUCUUUAUGAUGCAGUUAUUCCUCCACGAACCGACGGCACAAAGGUCUGCCGGGGAUAAAGAAUUGAUCUGGCUUGGGUUUGCACUUAAUGGAGAUGAACAAUACGAGUUUGAUAACUACGCAGCUGCCGGUAUCGGAGAGUUGUCUCUUGAAACUGACAAUAAGAACAGAUUUGGCGAACCUAGAGCAUCUCGUGAGGUAUGCCUGAACCAUCCGGCGCAUAUGCUGGAUGAGGAUGAUUCGCUUGUAUGGUUCAAUCUGGGUUUCCAAUUCUGCUCGAAACCUGACGUGAACUUCGAAAAAGAAGCCAACAAAAAGACUCGCUUUUCGAAUUUAGAUACCGUUGAGAAGUUCAAGAGCUACUUUACCGGUCGAAUGCGGAUAAGAGCUGCUAUAAUUCCUCCUUUUGUGUCUCGACAGCAAAUGUCAUUUCCGAACGACGAAGAUGAAGCAAAGGAGGGAUGGUUCAAGGAAUGGGGUUACUGCUCUGGUUACAUGUACUGCGCUUACUCUCAAGUUGGUGGUACACACAAAGGUGCUCCUAAUAAGCACAUUGGAAGAGUUUUCCAGUUUGAGAAACAGCAAACGGCCAUGUUUGAUUACUUGGGAGACAUUUGGAUGGGAAUUGAUUUGUAG